GACAUUAACGAACUCUUCAACCUUGCCCAAGUUGUCCACUCACCAUUUCACCUUCAUUUUGCUUUGGUAAACAAUCAUUUAACACCAUUUUCCUUCAAUCAAAAUAUACUAGAACUACAAGAUUUGGUGAAACCUAGCUCCUCUCAACCAACCAAAACCCUUCAAUAACUACACAAACCCUUUUAUUCAGAUGCUAUUCCUUACAAUUUUGAGUUUUCAUCUGUUUGACAAUAAGUCUACUGAAUCAUGUCAAGACCAAUACUGCUUGUCUGUCUGUUGUUGAUACUGAUUAUUACAUCCCAAUUUUAAUGGAGACAGCAAUUGGUAAGUGACAUGGAUACGAAUCCGGCGGAGUCUCAGAAGCAACAACAGAUCUCAAAAAGGGAACAAGGUGUGAAAGAAAAGGAAGAGGCGAAAUGCACAUGACAGCUGCCUGCUCCAGCUACCAUCUAUGAUGAUCCAUUCGAGAUUUGUUUAAGUGCUGUAGUGCACAUUCUACUUGCUCUAUCCUCCCAAGGAUUUUAUACGAUUAACGCUGGACCAUGAAGAACCAUCAAUUUCAACUAAUAUUCACAUAUCAUCCUGUUAGAUUUAUCAACUGCCACUACUUAGAGAACCAUCUCAUGUCAGCAAAUUUAACUCAUCCUCUUUCCCACUACUUAGAGAAGUGACCUAAGAAAAAUAUGUAGACUGCAGGUGUUGUACUAAAAACAUGUAGUUUGUUGUUGUAACCUUGGGGAGUAAAAAUAAACGAAAGAGUUCAUAUGUUCAAACUUGGUUGUCACUUGUCGAAAUUUGAGUUUUAAACCCAGCCAUCUUUCCAAAGCCCUCUAAUUCUACCACUGAGAGGUCUGGGCAUUAUUUUUCCAAGGAAUAUCAGCCUCGAAACAUGAGAGAAACUACCAAAAUCUGGCCAGCCUCUUGUAUUGGAGCCAGGGCAUCUUCAUAGCGAACAUGUAGUUCGCUAAGAAGUGAGAAAAUAGACCUUGAAAAUGAAAGGGUGCCCUACCUUCCUUUUUCCUUAUGUGCUAGCUAUUAGGAAAAUGGCCUUUUUCUACACUAUAGGUGGUGGCACUACAUAAAUGACAUAUUAAGGUUAUGAUUAGAAGACUUAAGUCCAAAUAAUAUGUUUUGAUCCUACAUUUUCCUGAAAAUACUUGUUGAUCCUACACAUUAGGUUAGUAAUAGUUACCUUCUGGUCCCAAAUAAUAUGUUUUGAUCCAUAAUGAACAUAUCCAUAAAAAAAAUUAACUGUCAACUGCAGUUUGACUAUAUUAGUGAGUUAAUUAUCAUUCUAAUUAGAAAGAUAAUAAAAUACUUAAUUUAUAAAAAAUACUUAAUUUAUAAAAAAUACUUAAAUUAGCUAAUUAGAAUAAUAAUUAACUCACUAAUAUGGCUGAUUUGGACCAAAAGCUAACACGCUUAAUGUAUAUGACCAAAAAGUUUUUUUGGGAAAAUAUAGAGGAACAAUUUUGGACUUCACUCUAAUUAGUAUAAAUUUUCUUUCCCUUUGGUCUAAGUUCUAUGUUGUGUGUGUAGUGACUAACUUUUCUUAUAUUCUCUGACUGGCCUCUGUAUCCCCAGCUUUGAGCACGGGAGCUAAUGCAGCUUCAACUUAGAGUCAGUUGAGCCAAAUCUAGUCGAUGUGUGUUAUCUGAAGACCAACUUAAUCAAGUUUAGAUUUCCCUAAAAUGUUCCCUCCUUAACUUAAUCAAGCUUAGAUUUUUCAGCUCAGAUCGACUUCAUUGUUGUCGUUCAGAUAGCCUAAUUGUAGGAGCUUGAUUAUAGACUUGUAUUUCAGGGAUUCUCCUAUUAUCCUUGAAGGCUUGAAUAUGUCUCUUAGAAAGAGUGUGUGAACAUUUACAAUUUUUUCAAUCAAUAUGGUCAGAAAUUCCUUCAAAUUUCCAUGAGCAGAUACCGCCUGGAAUAAACAUAAGUGACAUGAGCAGAUUGUGUGUUCAAGGUAGGAGAAGAACACCUUACCCUUCUUGCAGAUGAGAGUAUUUUUCAUAUUUCAGUGAUUUAAGGUCCAGUUUUGAAACCUGUGGACGAGCGUGACAAAGAAAACAGCCCCCUCAAAACGAUUUUCCAAUCCCGAGAUGUCUGAACCCCAGUUCCCUCCCAACACGGAACCCGCCCCCACCGACCCGGCUCCAAACCACACUCCUGCUAGCGUCAAGUUGGAGCCUCUGCCGCGGUUCAUGCCGGACAGGGUGUAUAAUCCGGAGCCCAUCUCGUAUUUCAUCCCCGACGCGGAGCCCGCGCCUCGUGCUGCGCGGCGGAGGGAUCGGGAGGAGAGGCCCAGCUGGCUUCCGGAGAACUGGACGUUUGAGUUGAGAAGGCGCAAUUCUGGAGCCACAGCUGGACAGACUGAUCGAUAUUACAUCGAACCAACGGGCAAACACAGAUUCCGUUCGAAGCUUGAGGUGCUUCACUUUCUGGAAACAGGAAGUACUAGACCAAAGAGAAAGGCACCUUCUGCAACUGAGACUACGCCUUCAACGACUCCUGCAAGCGAAACACAAAGCAGGGCCAGCGCGAUACGGAAGAAAUCCGAGGCCGUUGUUUCUGAUAAUACACAGCCACCACCACAUGAUGUCAACAGCGCGCAGGCAGAUAAUGCCCAACCGAUAUGAAGUGAACAGAUAUGGUAAGGCCAAGCGCAGGCAUGAUAGUGUUUAUGCACCUCUCCUGGGGUCUCUAAUGGAAAGCGCUUGUCUUUUUGUUACCAUAAUUCUUCAUAGAUUCUGGUUGUAGACAUUUUACUUGUUGCUUAUGUAGGAUUCAAACAUUAUUGUGCGUGAGUUCUCUUGUGGAAUGUUAAGAGAAUUCUUUUGUAUUUGAAAUUAUUUUUGGAA